AGAACAUUGAGAACGAGGCGGCGUUUUGUUGUACGUUUGGUUUCCUGUCGUCUGUAGUCAAUUUUAAAUUAUUAUUUUUAUUUAUUAUAGAGCGUUGCGUACUUGUGUGCUACACAACUUUGAGUUUAUCAUCAUUAAAAAAGUACGUGAACCGCAUCGAUCGUUAGUUUUAUGACAACAGUAUAUUCCACGGGGACUAUGUGUUGUUGACGUUGAGACGUGCAAGACAUCGUUGUACUAUUUUUUUAUAUCAUUUCGUCGCAGUCGUUAUCGAAAACCGUCAAGCUGUCGACUAACGCGGUAUCGGAAAUGGCGUUGAGCACAACGACCAGCCAACCAGUACAGAACAACGUUCAAUCAUCACCGGGAACCGGGUGGCCUAGACGCACUGCACCAGUCAAAUCAUCUACAUGCCCAUCGCUCAACAGACACAUAAAUUUGUAUCCUCUAUCAAAUUAUAAAUUUGGUACAAAAGAACCUUUAUUUGAAAAAGACCCAUCUGUACCAGCUAGAUUUCAAAGAAUGCGUGAUGAAUUUGAAAAGAUUGGCAUGCGCCGUAGUGUUGAAGGCGUUUUAAUAGUUCAUAAGCAUGGGUUGCCGCAUGUUUUAUUAUUGCAAUUAGGCACAACAUUUUUUAAAUUGCCAGGUGGAGAACUAAACCCAGCAGAAGAUGAGGUUGAAGGACUUAAACGAUUACUAACUGAAACUUUAGGCAGACAAGAUGGUGUUCAGCCAGAAUGGACUGUUGAAGAUACCAUUGGCAAUUGGUGGCGACCCAACUUUGAACCUCCAACUUAUCCAUAUAUACCACCACAUAUAACUAAACCCAAAGAACAUAAAAGACUUUUCUUAGUUCAGCUACCUGAUAAAGCAUUGUUUGCUGUGCCGAAAAAUUACAAAUUGGUGGCAGCCCCUUUGUUUGAGUUGUUUGAUAACGCUCAAGGAUAUGGAUCUAUUAUUUCCUCAUUGCCUCAAGCACUUGGAAGAUUCAAUUUCAUUUAUAUGUAAUUUAGAACUUAGCUGUAGGAUAUUUUAAACAUUUGCUGCCCAUCAAUCGUGGAACAGAUUUUUCUACGAUUUAAUGUAAUUGUAAAGUAGAUUUAUUAUCAGUAAAUUGUAAUGAAUUGAGAAAUUGUCUGACCAUUUGAAACUAUUACAUACUAACGUCACCAUUUUAUGAAGUAUUAUAAUUUACAUAUAAAUACCUAAUGUCUUAAAUUAUUAUUGUGGGCUUGUAAGUGAUUUAUAGCGAUUGAUUUUUGUAAAUUACUCAAUUACUUAUUAAUUACAGUUUGAUACUGUAUUAGAAUUUUAAAUAUCUAUUAAUUUUAUUAUCAUUAUCGUGUGUUGGUGAAUAAAGCAAACCAAAUUCUCUGUGCUGUAUUAUAAUAGUUUAUGUUACAGAUUUCUUGGUUAUUUUUGUACUGUAAUAAAAUUAGUAUUACACAUCAAAAUUGUUGUACCGGUAUUUUAUUAGAAAAAAAACACUGUUUAUUUUUUUUUCAUCUUCUAUAUUAAUUCAACGUAAUUAAUAUAAUAUUCUUUAAUCUUAUAGUUUUCAAUUUUGUAAUCAAUUUUAUGUGAUUAAAUGCCUUUUGACAAAUUUAUUUAUUAUUUUCAACAUUGUUUUAGUAUUUUCUACUUAAAAAAACGCCUGGCCCAACCUUAAGAGGACGUCUCAUCGGCAUGUGUUGUCUCUGUCUUACACUUAUACGACAUAGUAUAUUUUCUUUCACCAAUUUCAAUAGUAUGCUUUUAGUUUUAAUAUUAAAGUGAAUUAAUUAAAGUAUUACCAAACUUUUAGGUAAGUGAAUUAUGAGCAUUUUCAAAUUUUUAAUAAUUUCAUACUCAUAACUCACCUAAGAAUUAACAUAUCAUAAAAAGCUAACUAAAAACACACAAAUGAAACUGGUGAACAAAAAUUUACUAUGUAGUACAUGUGUAAGAUGGAGACAACACAUGUGAGUGAGACGUCUUCUUAAACAUAAUAAUUUGAUCAUGUUUCAUAAUUUAAAAAAAAAAUGAUUGUUCAUUGUAAGUACACAAAUAUAUGUAAUUAACAAUAUUUACUACUAUAUUUUUAUACAAUAAACCUACAAUCUACUUGUAAUUAUAUUUGAUGGUACUGUUAGUAAUGGCCCUGUUGUAUUGUAUGAGAUAUUAGGAUACUAAUAUAUAUUUUAUAAAUGAGAUUUACCAAGCAUGCUAACUUCUUUUUUUAUUCAAUAACGCCGUUGUUCAAAAUCUAAUUCUGAUUAAUUAAUUAAUUCUAAUUUUGCAUAUUUAAAUAUAUAUUUUUUGUACUACCUUAAAAAUGAUUAGUAGAGUUGAAAAGUUGUGUUUUUCAAAUUAGAAGUUAUUGUGAAUUAUUUAAUUUAUAAUUUACUUUUAAAUGUUGAUAUACCUGAUUCAAAAUUCGAACUAAGUAGCUUAUAAAUAAUUUAAAUAAUUAUACUGAUGAUAAUUGUGGAUUUGCAAGAUAUAGGAGCUAUAGAUUAAAUAUGGUUAUUUUAACAUUUUAGUUAUUAAUAUGAAUAAUAAUAAUAAACAUUCUAACAGUAUUCAUAAAUUUUAAAAAUGGAAAUGAACAUACUUUAGUGAAUCAUUGUAUAAAUUAUUCUCAAUAUUGAACCUUGUAAUAUUUUAUUUUUACUCCGGCAGUUAUAAUUAUUAGUGUGUUUAGUGUUGAUGUGUAUUAUUGAUUUGCCUGUAAUCUGUAUUUUUUUUUAUGUCUGUACCUAGUACUGUGUAUGUUUUAUCUUUUCAAAAAGAAAUAACAUAAGAAUUCGUUCAUCAAAAAAAAAUUGUCAUAAUUAGUUUA